AGAACGGGAGACCGACACAGAGAACGGGAGAGGAGGGAAAAGAGACAAACUACAGACCCAUAAAAAGGUCUCUCGACAGCUCGUGAGGAAACUGCUCUCCAACCUUUGCCUCUUUUGCUGUUUUUGGUUUAAACCUCUCCAACGCGCGUGGAAACUCCUUGUUUUCUUAUCUCUGCUGGAAUAUUUCAAGUGAGGCUUUUUUAUUUUUGCAGUCCUCGUCCAUUUGCGUCGUUUUUAAUGCAAACUCGUGGGUGAACCAAAAACUCGGACACUGGCUUGGACCAAACUCUGACCAAAGACCUGUCACCGCCACGGCUGGGGGCGCAUUGCACGGGGCAUGACAAGCCCACGGAACCGGACUGGCUAAUCUCCUAGAAGAGCCUGGUCCUGGUUCCAGGGUGACCCGAGGUGACAGCAGAAAGACUUGCGCUCUCGCUGAUCUGAACAAGCCUGGUCUCUCCGCUGACCGACCCUUCUCCACAGCAUCCAAACUCACUGUCAGGCUACAUUAUGGAUCUCCCCCCUUUCAGAGGGUUUUCGGAUGUGCCGUGACUGGCCGGAGUGUCGACCCCUGUCCCUGCCUCUGGUGCCCGUCCUCUCCUCAGGAUGGAUCCAGCUCUGCUCCGCAUGGACGGCGCCGAGGACAUCCAACAGGUGCUGUCCAUUGACCAGAUCCGCUGCAUCCGGGCCAACAAUGACUACGUGGAGCGCCCGGUGGCCCUGGAGCCCGGCACGCAGUCCGGAAUCUUCUACGCCCACGACGACCGCCACCACCAACACCUCCACCACCACCACAACCAUCACCACCACCACCACGGUCAUCACCCCCACCCCGUCCAGCCUCUGUCCUCCGCUCCGCCCACUCAGAUCCCCCGCAGCCUGAGUGGACAGCAGCAGCAGCCUCCGCACCGCGCUCACCUGAGCCGCUCCAGCACGGUCAGCAGCUCCAUGUCGCGGGGCAGCGCCGCGUCCGACACCCGGCUCCUGGCGGGCCUCACGCCCUCGCACUCCUCGGGCCUGGCCUCCGUCUCGGGCUCCAUGGCCGUGGUGUCCGCCCAGCCCAAGGGCGACCAGGGCGUCAAGAAGGCGUCCGAGGCGCUGGGCAAGUCCGGCGGCGGCGGCGGCCUCCUGUCCGGCGAGGACCACCUGGGCCUGCACCUGUUCAUCUGCGAGCGCUGCGGCCGCUGCAAGUGCGGCGAGUGCGUGGCGCCGCGCGUGCUGCCCUCGUGCUGGGCGUGCGGCCAGCGGUGCCUGUGCUCGGCCGAGAGCGCGGUGGAGUACGGCACGUGCCUGUGCUGCGUCAAGGGCCUCUUCUACCACUGCUCGGCCGAGGACGACGAGGACAACUGCGCCGACCGGCCCUGCGCCUGCACGCCCGCCAGGGCCUGCGCCCGCUGGGGCACCAUGGCACUGCUCGUGCCCUUCCUGCCCUGCCUCUGCUGCUACCCGCCCGCCAAGCUGUGCCUCGCCCUCUGCCAGCGAGGCUACGACCGCGCCACCAGGCCCGGCUGCCGCUGCCGGAACACCAACACCGUCUGUCGCAAGAUCUCGACGGCCGCGGCCGCUGCCACCAAUCAGCCGCCCCCGUUCCAAAAGUCCCUGGAGAAGCCGGUAUGACGAAGACGGUCGGAAAAAAGGAACAACGUCUCCCUGAGUGCCCCUAUAUGCCGCUACUGAUGUCGUCAUGGUUACCUUGUCCCUUCCAGACGUGGUCGAGGAGGGAGAGCUGACCGAAUCUCUCCAGACCCUCUGCCCUGCCCCACUCUCUUGACAGACUGUCACCCUCCUCCAACUCGUGGGCUAUGCCACUAUGAAGCUGAAGCACCGGAUUGAUGCUACCCUCUUUUUUUAUUAUUAUUAUUGUUUUUUUUUCUUCAUUUUGUUCUGUUUUUGUUUUGCUGGACUUUAAUCUAUUUAUUUUCUAUUAUUUAUUUGAUGCAGUUCUCAAGCAAAAAAAAAAAUGGUUUCGGCAGAACUGGUUCAUCAGAACGAAGGGCACAAAUCAGCAGUCUGGGUGGAUGAGCCUGAAUCUACAUUCUGGCCUCGGAAAGAUACGGUGCUGUGUUGGGACUCGGUUGGAUGGCCCCACAUACAAAACUGUCCCUAUAACGUCUACAAAACCACAAACUGUGUGUGUUGGCUGGCAUUUUGUCCCUUAAGGAGUCAGGGAUCACAAUUCCAGGGGAAAAUACAAACUCAACAGAGAGGGAUUUAAAAAAAAAAAAAAAAACACUUGACGGUUGAGAGGAAUUUUGAUACCAAAUGAGAGACUACGCAAUGAGAAGUGAUGGAAGUGACGAUGAGACCCAAUCUGAUAAGCUCAAAAACAUGUUGAGACAAGGCAGUUCACACGUGCUUCCAUUAGGACCAGUGAAAGACAGAGAGAAAGUUCGAGAAUGAAUGAAAGAGAGUAUAGGUGUACUGUUAGUGUGGGUGUGUAUCUGUCUGUCUGUGUGCGAGUGCGUGUGUGUGUGUAAAUGUGUGUGUAUACAUGCUGCAGGCCUGUGUAUGUGUGUGCUCCUCAACAGAAGCCUCCUCUUGUUCUGCUCCUUUUAUCAUUUCAUUUUCUUUUCUUUUUUUGGAGGAGCCGCUGCUUCAGAAGACAACAUCCGUUCAGGUUUCCAACGGCAGCC